CUUAAGCCACUUUAGUGGAAACCAGAAGGACUGGAGCUGUUGGAUGUUGCUCAGUGCUGCUAUAACUUAACAACCAAAAAGCUCUGCGUCGAACUUCAGCCCCUUCGAGUUGGCCACGGGGACCUCUGACGCCCCACACCAUUGCGACAGGCGGGGGCUUGCCCAUCAGCCUACUUUGACAAGAGGUGGCAGGAGCGCAACGACCUAGCCCAAACCUACUUAAACAACCUAAAGGCUUGGCCCGGUCUGAAAGUAGACCUUGUAGAAAAGCGGAUAGGAGAGGUAGCCUAUAGACUCAAGCGACCAGCUCGGUGAAAACUCACCCCUAUUCCAUGUGAGUCAGUUGACUUCGAUUAGACCAGACCCACCCAGAGAGGAACGUGCCCACGAGGGCACCACCAGAGGAAAAUAACGUAAAGUAGAAAGGAACAAGGUCUUACGGCACGAUCACUAUAUCUUUUCUUUUUCUUUCCUCUAUGGAAAGAGGGGAUGAUACGUGGCGUGGUAUACCUGAUCGUUUAGUCAACGAGACGUACGUAAGUCGACAUAGCUCCAUGUAUAUCUUCUUUGGAGCUAGAACCAAUCAAUAGAACGAAAUGAAAUAAAAUAAUGGGGGCGACGAACAUGGCUCAAGAGUGUCUAUACAAAGCCCUUCUCUUCUUCACUCAAAGAGGCAAUGCACCCUUUCUUUGAUCUUUGAAUGGUACUUGAUUCAUAAAGAAUGAAUCUUUUGAAGUUAUACGGACUUUCUAAAAAAAAUGCUACGCUCCGCGUGUCACGAGAUAUGGAGCGUUCUAAUCGAAGAGUCAUACCUCUUUAUUACAGUAAGGCCAAUGCACCAGCCAGCCAGUGUGGUGGCGAACACGCUGUGCUGUAAGCUAAGCUGUUCACCUUGUAGACGUAGAAGAUAUAGAAAGUGUGCCGUGCGUGAUUCAUAAGAUUCUAUAGUAUAUUAUUUCACUUAGCCCGCCUCUCCCAUGACUUUCCGGACCAACCAACCCGGAUCUGCCCUCGCAAGUCUUCUCUGCAUUUUGGGAGCAGAGCAUGCAGCAAAAUCGAGCAAUGGAUCUUAGAAGAAUUCCACUUUAAAGCACGACUCUUUCUAUUUCUGCGCUGGCAUUUGAAUUGUCUCCCUUCCUCUUUCAAUCGAAAGACUCGAUGCAGAUAGCUCUUGGUGGCCCCCGCUUCUGCCUCUAUCAGGCGGCGACAGAACCCACCUCCACAGCCACAGUAUGGAGGAGCUGCUCCUUAAUCCGCACUACAACCAAUCCAAAUUUUCUCCAGAUCGAUAUAUGAUGCUAAACCGAGACCGAGAUAGAGAGAGGGCUUCCCCUUUGUUGUCUCUUCGAGACAAAUCAUAUGAAUGGUGCUAAUUCCCAUGUUCUUUCUAGUCUCGUUUGGUUUCGAGAGCAUCCCUCUCCCCGUCCCUUACUCGUUCUUUUGGAAAGCCGUCAUCCUGGAUUUUCUUUUCGUAUGCCGGGGAAAGUACCUCACCUUUAUACAAUACAUGAAUUUGGAUUCCAAUUUCCUCCUCGGGUCUCUAUAAAACAGAAUGAAAAGCCCGGGUGGAAGCACAACACAAAAGGAGAGAGGAAAAGUAGAAAGGGGGGAAGAAGUCUAGUGCUAGUUCUUACUGACACUUCUUUAUCUAACUUUCAUUUUUGAGUGCUUUCUUUGUUCUCUUAUUUAUUUGGAUUGAAUGAAAGAAAGAAAAAACUUCCCUUUCUUUCUCUUCUUUUUAUCCCUUCGACGAAUUUCGGCUAUGACCAAUGCCCCACUAGCUGAAUAGGCGUAAGAAAGCUACCUGAAAAAAGGCAAGGUGCACCUUGGAUUGAACUCGACGAAUUGCAUUUUGCCAGAGAGAUUUUUUUAGUUAGAAAGAUUCUCUAUUGGAAAUUCAAAAUAAAAAGAAAGGGUCUACCUUAGAGCCUUAGAGGAAGGGGGCCCCCAUACUUUUUCAUUCAGGGGAGGGGGGAGACUAGCCUCAUUACUUCCCACUGGGCGAGAGGUGCACCUAACCCACCUACCCACUCAUCAAUCACGGUGUUCAGCUGACUUGCACUGAUAGACCCCUAUUGUAUUGUAUUGGAAUUAGGCGCCCAUCUUUUUACUGUUGUAAAUUAAUCUCUUCAAUCUUCGAUUCUACUCUAUGUUAGAACAAUGGUAUUUUGAUCUAAGUGGUCUUAUUCUUUCUCCCGUGCUAGGAAGCAUUACUCCUCUUUUCAUUCCAAAUUCAAGAAUACGACCGAUACGAUUGAUUGGUCUGUGCGCCUCUCUUAUUACUUUUUUGUAUUCCCCUGUUCUUCGGAUACAAUUCGAUCCUUCUACGGCCAAAUCUCAAUUUGUGGAAAGCCUUCGAUGGCUUCCUUAUGAAAACAUCCAUUUUGAUUUGGGUAUAGAUGGUAUCUCUUUAUUCUGCGUGAUAUUGACCACAUUUCUGAUCCCUAUUUGCAUUUUAGUGGGUUGGUCUGGUAUGAGAAGUUAUGGGAAAGAGUAUAUUACAGCAUCUCUAAUUCGUGAAUUUCUAAUGAUCGCCGUGUUCUGCAUGCUGGAUCCUCUACUAUUCUAUGUUCUUCCCGAAAGUGUGCCAAUCCCUAUGUUGUGCGGAGCUGAGCAUCAUCUAUUCGCUGGGAUAAAGCCUUUCCUCUGCAGGGGCCUUGUGCAGUAAACCCCCUACGGGCGGUCGUCCGUCGUCGUAAAGUAGUCCCCGCGAAGCUUUCGGGAAGAGGGGUAGUCUUGUGUGUAAGCAUAGCAUUUCUGGUCGAACCCGCCCAACCCAACUAAGAAGAACCGAACCUGACAGACACAUCUUUUUCCUUUUUGGAGGGUACUCCGAGUAGUGGGUACCUCGUAGGACCUCGACCCGCCUACUCGGGUCUUGUAUGGAUAUGCAGGAAGGGGUGCUCCUAGGUGUGUGUUGUGUGUAGGGGUUGUGUUUGUUCGCGAGAAUGGAUUCCUCGUCAAGUCAGUUUGGGGGGUGUGGACACACUUGCGCGAAUUCGGGUAACGGCUACAAGGGAUAAAUCGAAAGGAAACUGUACCCGACCAGGGAUGGACGUAAACUCGUAAGCUACCGAGGGUAGGGAUAAUCGUCCAGGUCUUAUUGUGAAAGAAAAAAGCCGCCCCGCCACAGCAGGCGGGUUGCUUCCUCUGUCGUCGCCGGCGAGCUCUUGGUGAGGAGACCUUAGGAUAAGUUGCUAAAACAAAGGGGGGAGGGGAGGAUCGACCCGUUCAGUAGAAUUCCGAAGAAAGACUGUUGGCAGCAGGUGGAGACAUUUUUUUGGCCCCUUCAAAAGGAAAUGCGGGCAGGGUAGAGCUCGGCAGAGGGUUCGAGAAUAGGGUCCUGUCCUUAAGAUUCAGAUAAGAAAAGAGUUCCAAACCUUUAUGUUAUGCAUGCACCUCCGUACAAGUGCUGCGUACUAGUUCCGUCCAGAAUGAUUGGGAAAGAUCAAACCAAUUUGAACCGCUCACAUCACAGUAGUCGUAGCGUAAAGGCCGUAAGUCGAGGGGCAGCCAUAAGGCUAUUCCUUUCACACCUCUCUCUCUAUCUAUAGAUAGAGAGAGAUCCGCUGCGUGAGCAACCCGACUGUGCCUUACAUGUGCUCUACAGACCGCACUCCAUCUUUCUUCCCAACGAGCCCUUUUUUCUUUUGAUUUGGAAGACGGGCGUUGCGUUCGGUUCGAAAGGCAUGGUUUUCAGUAUGUCUCCAGAUAGGGCCCCCUAGUCCGGCUAGCUAGUGAGCGGUUCUUUCGGGCGGGCAUCUACUGCAACGCAAGCACCAUUGUUCGCCACCACCCGAGAAGCAAAAGAUUCGAGAGUCCAGGCUGAAAAUACAUGCAUAGAUAGUGGUCUAAUGCCAAGGCCGACGACGGAAGCUCGGGACGGAGCCGUAUGAGGCGGAAGUCUCACGUACGGUUCUCUGAGAAGGGAGUGGCUACCUACUGGAGCUUCGACCAACCACCACCGGUCAAUUCCGCUUUGGGGCCACCCCUUACUCUAC